GGGGAGAUCACUCUAAACUGUUACUAAAAACAUAGAGGUCGCCGGCGUCGCGCACCUAGCAGACGACAGGAAAUCCACAGAAGUUGCAUUUGUCAGCUGCGGAAAAAGUAGCUUUUUGUCACAGAUGAGCCUUGCCCUUCCUAGUUUUGAAGCAACAUAUGGUGGGAUAUAUUUUACAGGCUUCAUGAAAACUUGAAUUCCUGAUUAUCCAAAUAGGCCUAAUGAAGAUAAGGAGCUUUUGAUACCACAUAUUCCCUGUCAACCUGCUGUUGUUUCAACCACAGCAUUAUCCACUGCAUAAUCAUAUGAAGAGGCAGAGGCAACAAUCGCAACAGAAUGAAGGGAAUUCUGUUGAAGAGCCUUCUUCUUUUAAUCAUGUGCCAGCCAAAAGACAAAAGAGGUCAUGUUUCAUUGUUAAGGGAAAAGAAAUGAAGGCAUUCUUUGGCCUCAUAGCUGAUGAACUGAUCCAAGACUUCCUUGAAAUGGAUAGCUGUAUGAGAAUUGCUGAUAAUUAUUUGAUUGCAAUGGUGUUUGCCUACUUCAAGAGAGCUGGCUACUCUCUGAGGGAGUAUUCAAGGACCAAUUUCUUCAUUGCACUAUAUCUUGCAAAUGAUGUGGAAGAAGAUGAAGAGGAAAUAAAGUAUGAAAUCUUUCCAUGGGCUCUUGGCAAAAAAUGGAAAAAGAAAUACCCUGGAUUUCUAGCCAAGAGAGAUAAAUUACUGAAGAGGAUUGACUACAGAGCCAUUGUUAGCAAGCGUUGUUGUGAGGAGAUAAUGGCCAUUGAGAACUCGCACAUGGUAUGGAGUCGAGAACGUCUUGCACAUCAUGGUGGUGCAUUGAGGAGUUACAUGCUUGACUCAGAAGAUGAUAACUAUCCUCGUGGACCUGAUGCCACUCCAAGAAUAUGUCACCUGUGUGAUGCAACAGACAGCCAGUAUGAUUCAGCUAGUCCUUCCAGUUAUUCCUGGUACAUUUCAUCAACAGACUCCUCGCCAGAAACAAACUGCAGCAGUGUACACUCUAGAUUUGACAUGAAAGGUUUGAAAAAGAAUCUCCCAGAACAGGGAUCAGAUGAUGUGUGGCCAACAAUUGAAGAAUAAUGCAACUAUUCUCAACAGUUUUGAUUAAACCAUUAAAUUGUGAUAAUGUUCUUCAAGCUGUGAUAUCUCAAUUUAUGUAAUAUAUGUACUCAAUUGUAAAAGAACUUAACAUGUAGAAAGAAUUCAUAAAAUGCUACCAGUGAGAGUGUUUGUUACUUUGCUAUUUAUUUGUGUUUGUGCCAUAUAUGUGAAGGAAAUGCCUUCAAAUAGUAUUGCUCUCUAGUAGUCUGUAGAAUUUAAUUACUUAUUUGUUCUUGCUCAUACAUCUAUUUAUUGAUAAUGAAUGCUGCUUUUUUUAUAUUAUAUUAUUGGGUCAAUUACAGUGAACAUUUCUGCUUAUAAUAUAACUUGAAAGUUUAUAAAGGAUAUUAUUUUGUUUGUGUCCAAGACUGAAUUAGUAUUAUCAUACUUUUACAAUCUCAUUAAAAUCAGAUCUUAGUUCUUGCUAUCGCUGAACAAAGAUCUGAGGACAUCCCAUUAUGGGUCACGUCAGAACGACCUUUCAUCCAACCAAUCAGAGCGUCGCUUACCAGAUCAUGAAAGUGACAGCCGGAAUGUGUUUUCGGAUCAUGCAACCUUGAAAUAUUUAACAGAGGGUAUUCUGAACGACAGUUACGGGUUUUAUGAUUAUAUCCAUACAAUCUAGGCCGUCUGUAAACCAUUCCAGAGUGUUCUUUUUAUCAGUUUUAAAAAUUUUAACCGAGAAUACGUCAAAAUAUGUUUCGAAGCGUAGUCACCCGUUUGAAACUAGUGUCGUAAAGCUGCCUUCUGUAAGGCCUUGUCGAUUUCUUGUCAUUCAUUUCAUUGAUCGGUCAAAGUGCGCAAGAGGUCGUUGUGAUGUGACCCGUAAUGGGAUGUCCUCAAAUCUUUAGCGGUAGCGAAAACUAAGAUCUGAUUUUAAUGAGAUUGAUACUUUUAUAUUAUAUGACCACAUCCACAAGGCAUUCAUAAGAAAAUAAAUAAUGGAGUUUGGUUAAAUUAUAUUCGUUUGGCUGCAAACUUCAGUUUGGAUGGAUUAGAAAAGAAAAAAAAGAUGCAAUUCAAAAUAAUUAUUUUAAAUUUUUAGGCUCUUACCACUACAAUCCUUUCUAACUUUCUUUUUACUUAUUUUCUGAGUUUUUGUGUACUAUUUUAUCUGGUUUGUUGUUUUUGUACUUCCAUGUCACAUAUCUUGGUUUUAUUUGAAAUGUUUUUGUUUUCAGAGAAAACAAAUAUUAGCUAAAUGUAACAAUUGUUUUGUUCCAGGUGGAACCUGAUUGUUUUUUGCCAUGCUUUUUUGCCACAAACAAUAUUGUUGAUAAUUUGUUAUAUACUUCCAUGUAUUGUUUUUAUCCUCACUAUUUAAGUCAAUGUACUAAAAAUUAAUGUUAAAUCCUACACGGAAAGGCUCAAAAUGAAUAGUAUUUAGACAGCAAAUUUGAAGUGCAUGAUGGCACAGAAGGAUCUCCACACAACAUGGAUUUGCAUAUGAUUUACAUUUAACAUGAUUUAAGGUUCAGUACCUUUGUGAAAAAGCAUGUACAUAAUUACAGUAUUCAUGGUAUCUGACCAGUUUGAAUACGUAUUCGACUUAAUAAGCGCCCAGGGCGCUCUCAAAAUUAGAAAGAGGGGGCUCUUAUUAGAAUUUUAUUUUGGUGAAAAAGACAGAGUUGAAAGAUAAAUUUCGUGGUUUAUGCUGACAGCCUGAA